AUGGCCAAGAAAACUGGUAAACAAGAAAAGAACUUGUCGCGAGGUACUGCAGGGACCGGUAAAUUCAGAUUUCCAGAUGCAUUCUAUGGCCUCAAUGCAAGUUCAAAGAAAUUUGAGUAUCUUCCGCAACCGAAACGUCUCUUGGACGAUAAAGUGAUAGUGAUAGGCAAGUUUUUAACUGAGCCGGUGACGCAGGAUCUUUGCGCUAGCCUAUCGCAGACGGGCGUCAUGGAGUUGUUUCGUCAGAGAGGGACCAAAGAAUAUGCAGAACGACUUAACGAACGCUUCUCCACGGACGACGUCCAUGUAGCACACAUUCUGUGGAACAGGCUAAACAAAUGCCUUGCUCAAGACGAAUACAUCUUAAAAGAAUUGGAUUUUGUAGAUGCCAUUGGUCUCAACCCUCAGAUCAGAGCAUACCGUUAUGAAAAAGGUCACAAGUUUGCCAAACAUUACGAUGCUUCCGCCAAAGUUCCCGGUGUUGGAACAACCCGUUGGACUUUGCUGAUUUACUUGACCGGUGGUGAUGAGUUGGUUGGAGGUGAUACAAUAUUCUAUUCGUCGCACCGAGGUGAAAGUACAGCUGUGCAUCCACAAGUAGGGUUAGCACUUUUGCACAAACACGGCGACGAUUGUCUUUUACAUGAAGCUCAAGAAGUUUACAAAGGCGUGAAGUUUGUAUUGAGGAGUGAUGUGGUAUUCAAAGACAUGAGUUAG